AUGGAGAACUUAACAAUGCACGCACAACCAGUAGAAAAGUGUUCUCAGCCGGUUGAUCUAGGGCAAGAGUAUCUAGACACAGAGAACAAAGUAUUUUGCAUUGCGCCCGGUGAAAAUCAAACACCGCAAAGCAUCUUCCAAGAGAAAGGGGCGGAUGCAAUGGCUUUCCCAAACCUUUAUCCAGAUGGCAAAUUUGGAUACUUUGAAGAUCGACCUAUAAAACUGUCCCCUACAAAAUACUUUAAUGCCCGCUUAUUUAGCGCUGACAAGAGAUUUGCAAGAGAUAACCAAUUCAUCUUCUUUGCUCAAUUUAUGAUUGAAAUGUCAAAUAUUCGAUCAAACAUAUCAAUAGCCUUGCGCAAAGGAAAAGAAAACACUGAUGAUGGAGCGAAAGUAACGGCGUCAAUGCUUACUAAUGAAUGUGAUUUACAGAAAAUUCUGAAAUCAGAUGCUGGUUUUCGUUUCUUACAACCAGUACGAGGAUCACCUCCAUAUUGGCAAAGAACAAUGAAAGAUCUGUACGCCAUGAUUCGGCAGUUAGGAAUACCGACAUGGUUCGUAACGUUUUCCGCUGGUGAAACUAGGUGGGAUGAAACAAUUAAUGCAUUGAAAGACACUGAAGACCUGAGGUCACCUAUAGACAUUGAAUGGACAGAUAAAUGCCGCCUUAUAAAGGAAAAUCCCGUGAUGUGUGCCCGAUUAUUUAAUAACCGUGUGCAACGACUUUUCACAGAUUUAAUUAUGUCCCCUUCAAAACCAGUCGGAGACGUAGCGGAUUUCUUCUACCGAACAGAGUUUCAGCAGCGCGGUUCUCCACAUAUCCAUUGUUUAUUGUGGGUCAGAAACGCGCCAAAGUUAAACGAAAACACAGAGAAAGAAAUCUGUAGUUUUGUUGAUAAAUAUAUAUCAUGUUCCAUGCCAAAUGAGAUAAAAGAUUCCGAACUCCAUGAUAUUGUAAAUGCUGUACAGGUUCACAAAAGCUUGGCUGCAAUAACAAAGAAAAACACGAUAUAUUACAAAAGAAAUGUUGUGGAUGGCUGGGUGAACAAUUAUAAUCCAACUUUACUACGAGCAUGGAAUGCAAACAUGGACAUUCAAUACGUUAUGGACCCUUACUCAUGUGUGGCCUAUAUAUUAUCAUACAUUAGCAAAGCAGAGGCCGAAGUCGGUGAACUUAUAGCAAAUGCACAAAAAGAAGCAAGGGAGGGCAAUAAAGAUGCUGCGUCUGCAAUGAAACACAUUUCUCAGGUUUACAUCCAAAACAGGGAGGUGUCUGCACAAGAAGCCGUCUAUAGAGUUUGCAGCAUGCACUUGAAAGAGUGCUCCAGAGAAGUUGUAUUCAUUCCCACAGGAAGCAAUGCAAUUAAAAUGAGUCUUCCUUUAAACACUCUAAAAUCACGAAAAGGAAACAGUGAAAAUAUAUGGAUGUCCUCCAUCAUUGACAAAUACUACGCACGACCAUUUGCACAAACCUUUGAGGAACAAUGUUUGGCAGAGUUUUGCUCAUAUUACUCUUUCCAUCCAGUCUCUAGACCCCCAACGUCUUCGAAAAGAGGUGCAAAGCUAUUGUCUUAUGAACUACAAAAUGGACUAGGGUACAUAAAACAAAGAAAGGAGGGAAAACAUGCAGUUAUCCGCUACCCUAGAUUCAAUCGUUUGAAGCAGCAAAAUGAUUACUUCCUGACAUUACUUCAACUGUACCUGCCACACAGGGCUCCAUUAAUAAAACCUGAUGAAUUCUUCACAUUUGAACAUUGCAUUUUGAAUGGAAAAGUUGGAAAAAGAUCCAUAUUGAGCAUCAUAAAUGAAAACAGAGUUCGCUUUGAGAAAGAUGCUGAUGAUUUGGAGAAAGCUUGGGAUGAUGUACAAGAGGGGCGCAUCGGAGAGGAUGCGUGGGCAGCAGUUGCUCCGGAAUGUGAAGCAGAAAGACUCUCACUGCAAGAGGAAAAUAAAAGCAAAGUCAAUAUUGAGGAGGAAGACGUAUCCCCAGAUAUUGAACUUCUGGGGACGUCGAAAAAAUCGACUACAUCUACCACAACUGGAAUCAUAGAAUAUCAGAAACCCAAGAUAUCGCCAUGUGAAGUACAAGAGUCAUUACGAAAAAUGAAUGCCGUUCAACAGCAAGUAUUCUACAAAAUCAGAGAAUGGGUAUUUGAGGUUGCAUGGAAAAAGUGUCCUGAUCCCUUUUAUCUCUUCCUGACCGGAGGAGCAGGAACAGGAAAAUCGCAUCUCAUAAAAUGCAUAUAUCACGAAACAAACAGAAUUCUGUCUAAGACACUAGACACGCCUAAUGCUUUAUCAGUACUUAUUACAGCACCAACUGGAACAGCUGCUUUUAACAUUGGCGGUAUGACUUUGCAUUCUGCAUUCGACAUAAGCAAAAACAUAAAACUCCCGUACACGCCUUUAGGAGAAAAUGUUUUAAACUCGUUGAGAGCAAAAUAUGAGCAUCUAAAACUCCUUAUCAUCGAUGAAAUUUCAAUGGUAGAUCACAAGCUUCUGACAUACAUUCAUGGGAGACUGUCCCAAAUCAAACAAUCUAAGAAGGUGUUUGGAAAUAUAGCAAUUCUAGCUGUUGGAGAUUUCUAUCAGCUCCCUCCAGUGAAGGCUUCUCCUCUGUACAAAAUCAAGGAUUCUAUAAUUUUAGAUCUCUGGAAUCCAUUAUUCCAAAUUGCCAGUCUGUUCGAAGUCAUGCGUCAAAAAGAAGAUGUACAAUUUGCAGAAAUGUUAAAUCGCCUAAGAGUUCGAUUGCGGGGAGAACCAUUGCAACAAACUGACUUAGAACUCCUUCAGUCGGUUUCUAAAGAGACAAUUCCAAAAGAAGCCACAAAUGCAUUGCAUAUAUUCUCAACAAAUAAGGAAGUGGAUACACACAAUGAACUGAUGGUAGAAACAGUCUGCAGCCCAUGUCUUCACUCAACUGCCAAAGACUACACAAAAAGCACGUCAGGUACCCUGCUCUUGCGAAAACUACCGUAUUCCUCCUCAUCGCCUGAAGACCUGCCAGGCGUAAUAAAACUUGGAAUCAAUGCAAGAAUUAUGCUAACAAGAAACAUUGACACAGAAGAUGGUCUUGUUAAUGGGGCUUUUGGCACGGUAUCUGCUAUACAACAUAAAGGAAACGACAUUGAAGCAGUGUACAUACAAUUUGAUAACAAAACUAUUGGCAAAAAAGCCAUUUCUACAACGGUUUCAAAUGUACAAGGAUCAGAAAGAGCUGUCCGUAUAACGCCACAUGAAGAUGCUCUCGUAGGACGUAAUGCUGUCAGAAGACAAUUGCCACUUAAGCUAGGUUGGGCGGCGACGAUUCAUAAAGUUCAAGGAAUGACAACAACACAAGUUGUUGUAUCGCUUCAAAAAAUAUUCCAACCAGGAAUGGCAUAUGUGGCAUUAAGUAGAACAACUACACUACAAGGACUCAAUAUACUUCAUCUUGACACAGACUGCAUUUUUGCAUCAGCGGAAAUCAAGGAAUCGCUUGAUAACAUGCCAAAAUUCCUCCGACAAAAUGCUGUAGAAGACAAGAAGUAUAGCCUAAAAUUAUUGUUGCAUAAUACCGAAGGUCUUCUUUCACACAAGAAAGACAUUGAACACGCUUGUAUUGUUAAUGACUUCCAAAUUGUAUGUUUCACAGAAACUUGGCUUAACAAGAAAGACUAUGUAUCACCCACCUUGGUUCCAAACUCAGAUGUUUAUGCAGUCUAUCGAGAGGAUGCAUACACAUCUUCUGAUCCCAUUUUUCGACAACUAAAAUUACAGUCACGGGGUGGAGUGGCGAUAUUUACAAAAGAUGUCAAACAUACCAGGUACACAGGUAGCGUGAAGGACAUAGAGUGUGCAUCAAUACUAGUAUUAGAACCAACAGUUGUUGCGGUGUUCGUGAUAUACAGACCUCCGAUAUAUCCAAUGGACAAGUUUAAAACCAACAUCACCUCUCUAUUAUCCCAAAUCAAUCAGGAAAUAUCCUCCCCAGUGUUGAUUUUGGGCGAUUUCAAUGGCAACUACUUACGAAAACCGUCCCUGAAAGCGUUGUUUACAGGCUAUGGCUAUCAACAACUUGUGAACAAUCCAACGACAGAAGCUGGCUCUUGUCUCGACUUGGUAUAUGCAAAAGACUUCUCAGAAGAUCCAAAAGUGACAAUUGAACAUUUGUAUUAUAGUUUCCAUGAUGCGAUUUCUAUCAAAUUGUAA